AUGGAAGUCACACCCCAGGUCCUCGUUCGCCACAUCGUCGACCAGUACAAGGAGUUGCCGGAGAACAAGAGGCUUCUGAUCGCUGUCGCAGGUCCUCCAGGCUCAGGCAAGUCGACGCUCGCCUACCCUCUCACAGACGCCCUCAACGCCCUUAUCCUUCACCACCCUCCUCCCAACCCGUCUCACCUCGAAGAGCCCGCUUCCAACCUCCUCGCCGAAAGCAGCGACCAACAUGGCCAAGGGGACGAGGUCGCUAUCGCUGUGGGGCUUGAUGGCUGGCACCAUACACGGGCGGAGCUCGAUGCUUUCCCUGACCCUGUUGAGGCGCAUUGGCGUCGGGGCGCUGCUUUCACAUUCAAUCGUCCAUCGUACCAGGCUUUCCUAUCGCAGCUUCGAGUGCCUUUGACCCCCGAGCCCCCGGCAGCCAUACCGUUCCCGACCUUUGACCACGCCCUCAAGGACCCCGCAAUUUCUCCGCAGCCGAUAUUGCCCCGCCACCGGAUCAUAGUCAUUGAAGGGCUCUACACCAUGCUUGAUGAGCCUGGUUGGAGUGAAACCGCCGAGAUGAUGGACGUCAGGAUAUGGGUGGACGUUGAUGAGGAGGUAGCGAGGAAGCGACUUGUGGAUAGGAACCUGGCGGCGGGUAUCGUCGAUACUCGAGAGAAAUGCGAAGCUAGAGUCGACGCUUCGGAUAUGAAGAACGGCGAGCAUGUGCGCUCACGCCUCGUGCAACCUUCGUAUACAUUCACGUCCAUUGAAGGCCAGCCUUUCACUAGCGAAACCUUUCGCUUGACGGCCUAG